AUGUGUGGUCGUUUAGUAAUUCGUUACGUUAAUCUGACAGACACAAUUGCAGUGCCAGCAGAAUGGCAUCCUCACGUGUUUCACGAAUUCUUGGUCCCACUGGCUGAACAAGUGAUUAAUGAUGUCAAUGCGGGCAAAUCGGUCGUUUUGCAAGUAUUGAACACGCCUGCAAAAUUGAAACAACUCCAAAACAAAAACAGAAUCCUAUAUCUCUUCGAGAAAGUAUUCGCAGAAGAGCUGGUGGGCUCUUCCGUUAUUGAUGUCAUUUUUGAUAUGAAUGACAAGAAUAUAAAAGCGAUGAAGGACGUUCUCGGGCCAGAACCUUGCAAUCCGAAUGCCCUUAAAUACAGGGUUUCAUUAGACGAUUACAAUAUUCAAGUUUAUCGGAGCGAAUUUAGAACAGCCUACUAUCUGUUACCAAUUGCAAAAAGGUGA